AAAAACCUAACCUACAGCCAGGUGUAACAGUAACUUUCUCCCUCAUCGUUAUGUGGUGUGGUUCAACAGCUAGCAAUUGUUCAGGAAACCGACAGUUGAAGGUAGUAUGCUACUUCUCUAACUGGGCAUGGUACAGGUCAAACGAGGGUCAGUUUCUACCUGAAAAUAUAGACCCUAACCUCUGCACCCACCUUAUCUAUGCCUUUGCUACAUUGGAUAGUAGUUCGCUAACACUCGGAGUGUGCGAUAGUUGGGCUGACAUUGAUAAUAACUUCUACAAGCGAGUGGUUCAACUGAAAAACAAAAACCCACAGUUACGUGUUCUACUUGCGUUAGGAGGGUGGAAUGAUUCAGGAGCGGAUAAAUACAGUCGUUUAGUUAGUAGUCCCAAAAGUAGAAGGAAUUUUAUACAGCAUGUUGUCCCAUUUCUUAAAAAAUACAACUUUGAUGGUCUUGACUUAGAUUGGGAGUAUCCUGUUUGUUGGCAAGGGAGACGUUCAUCGGGACAUACUACUGAUCGCCCAAAUUUUGCAAAUUUUGUCCUAGAAUUGCGACAGGCCUUUGAUCAAGAACAGUCACCAUUACUUUUAACUGCAGCUGUUUCUGGUACCAAAUGCAUCAUAGACGACGCUUAUGAGGUGUCUACCCUUUCGGCUGACCUCGACUUUAUUAACAUCAUGGCCUAUGAUUACCAUGGUUCCUGGGAAAACCACACAGGACAUGUAGCCCCACUGUAUCCUCAGGAUGGAGAUCCAAAUACUGACUUCAAUGCUAAAUCGUCAUUAGAGUACUGGGUAGAGAAAGGGGCACCAAAGCAUAAGCUGGUACUUGGAACUCCUUUCUACGGCCGUAGCUUUACCUUGAGUGAUCCCAACAAUAAUGGAAUUAGGGCUCCAGUUAUAGGCGGGGGCAUAGCAGGACCACUGACUAAAGAAGUUGGGAUGUUAGCUUACUAUGAAGUUUGCAAAAAAAUAAAACUCGAAGCUUGGACAAAAGUGAGAGACCCAUCUCAAGCUAUUGGCCCAUAUGCUUAUCGUGGUGAUCAGUGGGUUGGGUAUGAUGAUCCUGCCAGUCUGUCCCGGAAAGCCCGAUUUGUACGUGAGGAGGGAUAUGGAGGAGUUAUGGUGUGGACAGUGGACUUUGAUGACUUUCGUGGCAUGUGGAAUAAAGUGGCAUUCCCACUUCUUAGAGCCCUUCACUUUGGCUUAUUUGGUACAGGAGAUCCACCAGAAAAGUAAAACUGUAAAUAGAUGCUGAUAUGGGAGAGGACCUCCUGCAGGAAUUGUUGUUUCUGUAACUUACCAGUAUCCACUCCUUCUGGAAGCAGACUAUAGUGAUUCUUAUAGUCCAUCUUCAGAUGGGAUAUUUAGCAUAAAAAUCGUGGUAUUAACAUAUAUCUUUACUUUUUUAUUAGGCCCCCAGUAGCACAGCGGUAUGUCUUCGGACUUAUAACGCUAGAAACCGGGUUUCGAUACCCGUGGUGGGCAGAGCACAGAUAGCCCAUUGUGUAGCUUUGUGCUUAGUUCCAAACAAACAAAAACAAACUUUUUAUUAGUUUAGAGAGCCUUCCGUUGCUUAAUUUAAUAGUAAUGAUUUUUCAACUCUGGUUGUAAAUGAUUUUACGUUUAACUUGCUAUGAUUCUGAUUAUUGUAAAAGCUUUUUUGUGAUAUUUUUCAAACAUAUCGAUAUUUUC